AUGCUUCAGUUGCACGGACAACGAUUGAGGCCAGAGAGAAGACAAAGGCGUCUUACUGACCCUAACUGCUUGUACUACCGCUACGGAGACUAUUCAAGAACUAGAACACCAUAUGUUCAAUCUGGUCGCAGCCGACGGCGAAGCGAUCGUACAAACGGAAUUACAGCAAACGUCAGCGGGAAAAAGUUCUUCUUCACCACCAGAUUACUAGCCAAAUAUCCACAGAGUCUUCUGGGUCAUAAACACAAACGGAAAUAUUUUUACGACUGCAUACGGGACGAAUACUUUUUUGACCGGAACCGAACAGCUUUCGAAAGUAUUUUCAAUUUUUAUGUUUCUCGGGGAACCCUCGUGGUUCCGGAUGAAAGCUUCCCGGAACAGCUUUUAAUGGAUGAGUUCUACUUUUUUGGACUAUACGAAUACGUAAGUGAUAAUGACAAAAAAAGCUUAAUCACUCCGAGCGCGCUGAAAAAGAGACAAAUCGCCCCCAAAAGAAGGUGUCAAAGAGAAGUUUGGAAAAUCAGCGAAAAUCCUGACUCGAGUGUCCUCGCCCGUCUGAUAAACUUGUUUUCUUUACUUGUUAUCAUAUUUUCAGCCAUCAUUCUUUUCAUUGACACUCUACCAGACGCGCGAAGAUCAGAAUCUUCGACAUUCAACUCACCGACGCCAACCAAAAAUUCUAGCGAUGCGAAUACCUCUGCCACAAAUCCAAACUACGAACAGUUGCCACAGAUCAUAUCAGCGAUGGAGUCAUUUUGCAUCGUAUGGUUUACUUUAGAACUUCUUACGAGAUUUUUUGUAUCACCAGAAAAAAAGAAAUUCUUUCUCCAAGCGCUAAACCUCAUCGAUCUGAUAGCUAUCGUUCCGUUUUACAUCUCCUUGAUUAUUAGCACGCCUAUGUCUGCUGCCCAGUUGUAUAUCAUGCGGAUCCUAAGACUUUCCAGGGUUUUCCGUGUUUUAAAAAUCUCUCGGUACGUUUCAGUAAUGAAAGUGCUUGGAUUAACUGUCAAGGCGAGUGUUAACGAUUUUUGGACAAUGGGCUUUUUAAUCUUAAUUGGAACUGUUUUAUUUGGUAGUACAACUUAUUACUGUGAGCAGUGGGACGCGGACACCAGUUUUAACAGCAUUCCUACAGCCUGCUGGUGGGCUUUGGUCACCAUUACAACUCUCGGUUACGGUGAUCUAGUACCAACAACCCUCGGUAAGUAUGCAACACCUCACCUUUCAAUGCUCGAGUUGUUUGAAGAAUUGUCAUACUUAAUUACCCACGAUUUAUAGUAUUUUCAAUUAGCAUUAUUUACUCGAUUCAUCAACCACGUCCACACGGCGCUUUUGCCUAGCCUUGGAAAAGCGCCAUCGGGACGAGCUUGUCGAAUCAUCUAAUCAGAGUUUAAAAUGAUCUCUUUUAGGACUCAAACAAAGGUUGGGCCACGCCCAGGUUGGUCUCCUUUAGGGUUUUAAUUCAAAAUUUCCGACAAGCAUCCUGCGAAGUAAUCCGCUUUCUAGAUCAGCGCGGAGCCUGAGCUUCGCUGCGUUACAGAAACCGCUCCGAGAUCACUGUUCUUUUAUGCGAGUGAAAGAGAACUAAUUUCCGAUAUGGUAUUAUGCAGCGUAAGAGGUUUCGGUAUGGUGUAGACAAAGCCUUAGUCAGUGUGGUUUUCUUGUUGUUGUUUUUCAGGAGGAAAGAUAACAGGAGGCAUGUGUUCGGUCUCAGGGGUCUUGCUUAUUACACCUUUUCUGCCAAUCAUUUUCAACAAGUUUAAUCGGUUUCAAGAGUUGGAAAAGGAAUCUUCUUCCGUAGCAAAGAACGACAAGAGCUACCCACAGAUUAUACCAGUUUAUUCACAAUAUGAGGUCAACGAAAAAUAUAUCAAACGAAGAAUACGACGAAGAUAUACUAUGUAA